UCCUAUCAAUUGCUCUUCACACAAGAUCACUCUUCACAAAAGUUCCCCUUCACUAAGUAUCACUUUCUGGUUUUGCAGCUGGCUAGCGAAAGGCCAUGGAUAGAGGUCAACAGCUGAAAGUGGUCGUCAUUUUGAACUUUCCUCUCCUUUUCCAGUUCGGUAUGGGGCAGAAUUUGACACCUGAUUACAUGCCCACUGUUGACUAUGACAAGAACUCGACCAUUGACUACAGUGACUUUGAGGAGAUCUGCAAGAAGGAUGAGAUCCGGAGGUUCCGUGCUACUUUCUUACCCAUCAUUUACUCCCUUGUGUGCUUUGUGGGGCUGGCAGGCAACAGUCUGGUCGUGGUGACCUACAUCUAUUUCAAGAGGCUCAAGACGAUGACAGACAUCUACCUACUCAACCUUGCCAUAGCGGACAUCCUCUUCCUGCUGACUCUCCCUUUCUGGGCUGUCAGUGCAGCCAAAUAUUGGGUUUUCAAGGCAUUUGCUUGCAAAGCCAUCCACUGCAUCUGCCAAAUGAGUUUCUUCAGUGGCAUGUUGCUGCUUCUCUCCAUCAGCAUCGACAGGUAUUUUGCCAUUGUCCAGGCCCCCUCAGCCCACCGCCUUCGGUCCCAGAGGGUGUUUGCCAGCAAGGUCACCUGCCUGUCCAUUUGGAUACUGGCUUUCAUCCUUUCUGUCCCUGAACUGGUCCACAGGGGUGUGUACCAGUCUGAGUUCCAGGAACCACGCUGCAGCAUCCUAGCGGACAACUUGCUGGCCUUCAGCACUGGCAUCAGAGCCUCUCAGAUGAUCUUUGGCUUUUUGCUGCCUUUCUUGGUGAUGACCUUCUGCUACUGGAUCACCAUCAGGACCUUGCUGCAAGCCCGCAGCUUUGGGAAGCACCGAGCUAUCAAGGUCCUAAUUACCGUAAUGGUGGUCUUUGUCAUCUUCCAGCUGCCUUACAACAGCGUUAUGCUAGUUGAGACCAUCUCAGCCUUCAACCACACCAGUGGUCAAUGUGAUACCAUCAAGCGCCUCGAUGUGGCCAAUGAGGUGACAUACAGCCUGGCCUGCUUCCGCUGCUGUCUCAACCCCUUCCUGUAUGCCUUCAUAGGGGUCAGGUUCCGCAAUGAUCUGCUCCGGCUUCUUAAAGACCUGGGCUGUAUCAGCCAAGCGCAGCUCUGGCAAUGGUCAACAUACCAGGAGAGCGCAAGAUGUUCUAUUCCCACAGAUACUGAAACCACCACCACUUUCUCCCCCUGAGGUCCUAUGGGCAGGGGCGUUGGACUGUCAGUAAAAUUGGUGUCACAACAAUAGACUUUCAUUGGCCAGCAUGAGGGAUUCCACUCGAAACCUCUGAAUAUCGCAAAGUGGGUAUUUUUCUACAGUGCCAGAAGGGACCAAAAGACCAUCCCAUCCUCCCACUCCUCCCACAGAGCUCCCAGAGAGCUUCAGCUAUGGGGCAGUAUACAAAUGUAAUAAAUAAAUAAAUAAACAAAUCUUGGGAUUACCACCUUCUGAUUCCCAAACACCUGGAUCAGGAAAUCCCUAGGAAGUCUGCCUCCACCUAGGUCAGAUAAUGCCCUCUGAUCCACAAUCUACAGCCCCACCACCUUUCCCCCCAAAAGGUGACCACUGAUGUAAUAUGUCUGUUUGAUUGGUAUAGGUAAAGGUAUAGAAUAGGACAUUAGUUUGGUAGCAACCUUGACCAAGCUGACAUGUGGGAUUUUGAAACAAACCAAAUGAACUUUAUUAUAUACAAGAUGUUAAAUGUUAUAAUAUAGUAAUAAGAUGUUAUUGUCCCUAUCCUACCCCACUAAUCCCAAAACCUCCCCCAAAAUCUAGGCCCCUCUGAUGAGAUGUUCCCUUCUUGAUCCCUAAUCCUAACCACCUCUAACUGUCAAAAGCCCAGUGGUUUUUCUUUUGGGGGGGUAUACACAAAGCAGCAUCUGCAACAAUCCUAGAGUACAGUACAAUACAGAAGUAGGCACCACUUUAGGGCCAUGCACUAGGCUCGUUAGCCACUCCUCUGGUUGCCUGCAUUAAGACAGCACUUCCAUUGUUGCACUAUCCUGGGCUUACAGGCAGCUGCACCAUGAGGUCUGCACAUGUGUGGCUCUCGCAUUGCCAAACUAAGCAUCAUAUUAAUUGCAUCAGUAUCGUUCAUGUGCAUAGGGUUUGUUUGUUAUGUAAAUAGCAGCCAUGGGGAAGCCUGAACAAUUGAGAGAGAGAGAGAGAGAGAGAGAGAGAGAGAGAGUAGACGGGGGAAUUAACUCUUUCUCUCCCUGCCAUGGUCCUGACAAAAACUUCCCUCUCAAUGUUUAGUCAGCAUCACAUUUCUUGUCAUUUGAACCCAUUGGUCUGAGUCAUACACUCUGAAGCAAGAGGAAACACAUUUGCUCCAUCAUCUGUGCUGGUAGGCGGCGGGGAAAACCUUAGGGCAAGUGGCCUGCUACAGUCCUCCAGGCCUUUCUAUCUGGCCCUUGAAACUAUGCCCCCUUUCCUCAGGCCACACCUCUCUCCCCAGGCCACACCCCAGUGGAGGAUGGAGAGAUGUAUGAGAGAGUCUUACUGCACAAAGUAAGAGUCAUAUUUGUUGCUCCACCCACUUUUGCCUCUAGCCGCUCCCCACCCACCACUGGCAUGUGACCCCCCAGAAGGUUAGCCAUGAGGGAAUGUGGCCCUCAGGCUAAAGUAGGUUCCCCAUCCCCAAUCUAUGUGAAAGACCUUUAAAUAUCUGAUGACUAUUAGACUACCUCUUUAUAGUCUCUUCUCCAGGCAAAACAUGCCCACCUCCUUCAACCUGUCUUUAUAGGACUCCAGGCCCUUCACCAACUUUGUCUGUGGGACAAAGCUGUGACAUAAAUGCACUCUGCCUCUGCUCAGGGGCCCUUUACUCUAUUUUUACUUAAUAUAAUUAUUUGUUUCCUGGCAGAUUACUAUGAAUAGGAUUAUCACUGUGGGUUUCCUUAGCACAAUACCUGGCCAGAGUCUUGGACUUGACAAAGGAAUGUUAAUAGCUCAUGAUAUUCAGGAAAUAGUCUCUCAGUGGGAGCCAAAUGUUAGAAGAUGGCUUAUUUAUACAAACGGAUGUUCUGAAGAGCAGAAACCCAUGAGAGGUUCAGGAAGGCAGCAUGUCUCCCCUACACCAAACUAUGGAAGAUGUAAGCAAGUUCUGUGAGAGUAAGAGAGAGAAGGAUAGCAGCUGCAAUUUUUGACUGGGACUGAGGCACAGAGCUAUUUGUGAACUCUGGAAAGUGCUUUUUGACAGCUGCCUCUCUGGAAGCCCAAUGUGGGGCAGUGGAAUUUACUGUUUGUAGGCAUGUUAAACUGCACCCCCACCUAUACUCAAUUUUUAUAUUUGUAAAUAAAAUAAAAAUAUU